AUGAGGAAGAAACUAUACCAGCCCAACCACCUUGUGAUCUUUGGAUCCUACAACAACCUUGGACUGAUGCAAAGGGGUCCUAAUCAACCUGAAAUCAAUGAAUUGGAAAGUGAUCAUUCUGAACUGGGUGACUCGAUAUUGAAUCUUGGAAUUGUAUUUGAACGAUGCAGCGAGCUUCGUGAGGCAGCUUACAAUUAUCAUCAAGCCCUUGAAAUCUAUGCCAAGCAUUACCCAGUGAAUCAUCACCUGUGCCAGACAGCAGAAGAAUGUUUAAAACGUGUCUCACAACAAGUAGAUCUAAAUAAUCCCAGUUUGAACAGGUAUGAAAACUUCAAAGCUCGCAUUUGGUCAUCAAUGAAGAAAAAUUUCAGGUGA